AUGGAUAUCCCGCCUCCGGCUGGCGACGUCGCCAUGUCUGAGCCUGAGCCCGAACACCACAUUGUCAAGGCCGACGAAAUGGAUCAGACGGGUACAGAUAUCUCGCCCGUUUCAGACGAUCAAUUGAUGGAGGAAGUCGCCGAGGGCAUUCGCCAAGAACAAGAACAAGCUGAACAGAUCGCGCCUUCAAUGGAACCUCCCCAGCCCGAGCAAACCCCCAAGCGACCCGAACUUCGUCGAGAUAACUCUGCGCCUCCUCCUCCGCUCCAACCACCCCCCCCCAGCCCCAACAUGCCCAAAAUCGAACAGCCCGCCUAUGCUUUCGAAUACGCCGAUGCGCAAUCAUUCCCAGAUGAAAUUGAAGAAUGGUUCCAAUACAAUGAGUUUGACCGAGUCAUGUUGCUUGGCAUGAAGUCUACUUUCGGCCGCCAAUGGAGCGACUUUUCCUUGAGAUAUGCCUCGCAAACCCCUGGAGUAUCGUGGAUAGAAGCCUCGGAGAGCUUGCGCCGGAACUUUGUCAGAGAAUCUCUCGAUAAAACCCGGCAUCCGGAUGUCUCGGUGCGACUAGAAGCACUGGAGAAUAUCUGCUAUGCUGUAACGGGCACCUGGGGUUCAACCGGCGGACGAGCUGCGGAAGACCUCCCAUCCAGCCCUGAUACAAAGACAGCAGAGAGCUCUCGGUCGAAAUCUCUUCAACUCGAAUGGAUUGAACAGAACGUCUCGCUUGUCCAACAAUGUGAUGGAAUUUCCGUUCUAGUGGAAAGAUUGAGUCAAAUAUUCGACAAGAGCCGUCCCACAUUUGGUCCCGACCCAGAUGGGAUUGAAUUCGAACGUCUCAGCGCAGGGGAUAUUGCAGCUCCAGAGCGUGAGGCCAAUUUAUUGCUCACGUCGCUGUACUUUACUGUUGAAGUGGGCCGAAUGCAAGAGGGCCAAGACCCCCAGUGCACUCUGAUCCGUGAUUCGCUUGUCGAAUCCAAGCCCUGCCUAUUAGUAACAAUUGUUGAGAUUAUUGCGAGGCUAAGAUGGGACGAGUCCGCCAAUAUCCCCCUGACUAGAAUCAUACUGCUUCUAUGGAAGACGUUACUUCUUGUCUUCGGUGGCACCGAGCGGUUAAAGAGAGCCAAAGAAGUUCUGGAACCAAAAUUCAAGACCGAAGAAGACUCGACAAAUCGAAGAACUCCCUUCUUGACCGCAUCACCCUUGGACUACCAUACGUUUCGCCAGGAAAUCACAUCCAAAUAUCCUGCUUACAACCCGCCGCCAGCUCUCGUUCCCCUCGAGCUUGAUAAUAACUCGAUCCUCCCACCUCUCCCCCAGCAUCCCCACAAAGUCGCGGCGCCAUUCUGCGGAGUUGGCCCGUCUGUCGCUAGUGGUAACGGUUCAAUCCUGCAACAGUCCGUUCACAUUGCAACCCCUGCUCCAUCACCACCCCCAUCGCCCAUCGGUCCCGGUGGGAAAGCUGGAAAAAAGCAAAAUUAUCAGACCAACCAGAACUUCCCGCUCAUGUAUCCUCCUCUAGAUGAUACCAGCAAUUUGAUUGGUGGCAAGGGUACCACUGAACGCCAGGAUAUCCUGGUAGGGAAGAGAUGGGAGGGCAACGACGUGCCAGCGUCGAUUAUUGAAGCUGGCAGACUAUUUUCCACGCAUGUGAAGAUGACACGAGCAAUGCAACAACUUUGGGACGAACGGGAAAACUUCAUGAAGUACGACCGUGGUUGGAACCACGAGCAACCCUCGCGUGUGCCUGACUACUCGUGGACCAACAAAUUGCCAGAGGAUAUGAGCCACCUAGACUUGGAUGACAGCGAUCGGUCUUCUCAAACCGAGCCGAAGAUCCCUAAAGAGAAGGUCGAUGAUCCAGAUAUCCAGCGGCGACUUGAUGCCGUCGAGGACUUUUAUACCCAUACUUUAGCGCACCUCCAGUCAAUUACCAUCGUCUUUUUGAAGAUUAUUCUCACAAAUGUCAGCGCUGUGGUUAACCAGGCGAAUAAUGCUUCUAACUCCCAAAGCAUGAUACUGAGCAUGGUCAAUGGCCAUGGUAUCAAUGGAAGCCCUGAGCUUCAUAUCGAUGAGCUUGAUAAUAUUCGAUUACGGGAGAUUACUGGAAAGGCUGUUUCUGGAACCUUGAUUCUCAUGCUGAAAUGGUUCAAGCGGUCUCAUAUCCUCAAAUUUGAGUAUAUGACCCAACUUUUGCUCGAUUCGAACUAUCUUCCCUUGAUAUUGAAGAUGUUCGCCCAUCAGGACGUUGACCAGGCGGUUGCGCAGAAAAAUGACCGCGAAGAACUAGCAUUCUUCCACUUCUGCUCCGAACACUCUGACCAUCGCAUCAACUCACAGGACGAUAACGGCGGAGACACCGAGAGCGAAGACGACGCAGCUCCACCUCCAAUCUCCCGCCGACGCCCCAAUGUGAACGGCACCAGCUCCGCUCACGGAUUAUCACCCGAGGAGUCAAUGGCAGAGCAAUUUGAGGGACCUACACGACCAGAAGUUGAUGAACUAGGCUAUCCGACCGCACCUCCGCCCAAGGAGCCAAUCACCGUCUUCUCCUUCCGCAACUUCUUCUCCGCCAUCAACUACCUGCACAUUAUGCAAAAGAUCACCCGGGACAAAGCGCACCGCUGCCUCCUCCUUGUGCAAUAUAAGUCCAGCACGAUUCUGCGCAAGGGUCUCAAGAUCCCGGACCCGCAUCUCCGCUUUUACACCCUGAAGCUCUUCAAAUCCCAAGUCCCCUACUGCGGUCGUAAAUGGCGCCAGAGCAAUAUGCGCGUCAUCACGGCUAUCUACCUAUACUGCCAGCCGGAACUACGCGAUGACUGGCUCGCGGGGUCAGACGUGGAUGCCGAGGUCGAGGAAGCUCUGCCGUUAGAGCAGGCGCUUCGCGGACUCACGCAUUGGUGGCAUUUGCGACGGUACAAGGAUGUCAUGGGUGGGCCCGAGGGCGCGUCGAUGAUGGAAGAAGAGCGCGACUUCUUCGUCCGUGAACUCGAGUCUAUGGAUUGGGGUGGUGAGGAAAUGGCUGAAGAGGGAGAUGUUGGUGGUAACCAUGCGAUGAACGGGACUGAAUGGGACGGCGGUCUUCAGGUGGAGGGUUGGGCGUAA